ACAUCUUGUAGAAAAACCUACAUAAUGUUACCAAAAAACAAUAGUAUGUAAAAAAAUGUCAUAAUGCCACUUUUCAAGAUGCGUAAUACCCGUGCGGGACGCCCCUUUUUUAUUCAUAGAAUUGGAUGCUGUAAAUAUACAAUUUUAAUGAUUUUCCGCAAUCAAGGACAUUUUGUUUAGAGCUUGAAACUUCUUGUUAAUUAUGACACAGAUAGUUGCCCUGAGUUUGAUGAAUUGAAAGAAACAAGAUAGCGUACACCCCGGACAAUUAACGUAUGAGACGCCACUGGAAACAAGCGCCUUGACAUUCGUGUUUUGACAUUUGCAUGGGCCAAUCAACGACCGCCGUUUCCUUCACAUCUUUCCGCGCUUCGAAGGUGGCUUCUUUUCGUCCAUCUCAAAGCCCGGCCUUGUAAAUUCACGUGUAAUAUCUGUGAUUAUCUACUAACAUCCAGUGUAAAAAAUGGCUGAUGAAUACUUUUUUGCAAUCACCCUCAAAGGCAAAAGUAACGAGUCGUACGUUUUCGACCCAGAAGCUCCAGAGGAUUGCCAAGGAGGCCAUAAACUAGUAAUAAAACAGGCUCUGCUAGGCCCCGAAGCUGCCGAAGAUGAGGUGAAUGUGAUCCAGGUUGAAGCAAUGACAUGGAAAGACUCAGUAAAGAUUCCAAUUGCUACCUUAAAAGCAGGUGGUCCAACUAACCAAGUAUUACUAGACCUUUCAUUUCCUGACCCUCCAGUAACUUUCUCUCUAGUGAAGGGCAGUGGACCAGUACACAUUGUUGGCCUCCAUCUGGUAGGUAGCCCCAUAUUUGAAGAGGAAAUGGAUGAUAUGGAAGAAGAGAUGCCAGAUGAUGAGGAGGGAGAUGAUGGAGAUGAGGAGUAUGAUGGUAGAAAAAGAAAAAUUUCCAAUGGAACUAAUAAGGUGUGAACCCAAGACAAAAUUGUAUCAUUUUAUGCAAGGUGAAUUGUGGCAAUAAUUGUAAUCCCACUUCGAUUUGCUUAUUCCUUUUUAUAUCAUCUUGAAUAGAUUUAGGCUUCAACUAAUAAAAAAUUGGGAACUUCAAAUAUUCAUGUAUCACCUUGUAUAAAGUUGGUAAGUUUCCAGACAUGUGAAUGGCAGGAAUUUCAUAUUUGGUAGAUUAAACAUUAACAUUGUAGAGGAUAAUUAAGCUUGAGGUAUGACAAUUUAGUAGUUCUGUGCACAUUUGCUGUACAAAUUCCUGUUACAUACAGUAGCAAACAUACAACAUUAUUCUGAACUAUUUGAUAUACAUAAACUAAAAUUGUGAAGGAACAGAUGAUAUAAGUAUUAGUCUACCUUUGGCUCGCCUACUAAUACAAGGUUUAUCUUGUCAGUAUUCAAAUUCUCUGAAAAUAAAAACACCCGUUUUUUUUAAAUACCAGUUUUUGUAAGGACAAAAGAAUGGAAACAUUUCAGUUUUGCAGUAUUUAUUUGUUCUGGGAUACUCUUAUAUUGCAUUCGGUAAAUAUAGGGUGUUUCAGAACUAUGGGAUC